UGGCAGUGGGAGGAGAGAGGGGAGGGAGGGAGAGGAGGGAGAGGAGGGAGAGGAGGGAGUGGAGGCAAUCAUGGAGGCAAUCAUGGGACACGGCGUGUUGGUGUGGAGGAAGCUGAUGGGGUGUCGAGGUGGUGUGAAUGGGAUUUUGUGGCAUAUAAGAGAGGUGUUUGUGCUCUCGAUGCGGCUUGCUGUUCCAUGACUAUUACAAACACAAAACUUUGAUGGGAAUUUCACAGGCUUAUCUCUAUCGGUCUUUCUUCUCUUAUCUACCUUUUCUUCUUUGAUUCUGAUUCACUAGUGGUGACGAUGACGAUUGGUGGUUCUUUUAAGGCGGCUUGGGCUGCGGUUAGGGGGUGGAGGUCGGUUAGGGGGUGGAGGUCGAAGAAGACGGAUGCGAAGACGGAUGCGACGACGGUGGUGAAGGCUGGUGCUACGGCGCUGGCUCCGACUCCUGCGUAUAAGAGUGCGGGAUACUAUGUCAACUGGGCAAUCUACGGACGCAACUUCCAACCAGACCAGAUCCAGGCAGCCCAACUAACCCACGUCCUCUACGCCUUCGCCAACCUCAGGCCCGAUGGCACUGUCUUCCUCUCCGACACCUACUCGGACCUCGAAAAGCACUACCCCGCCGACUCCUGGAACACCCCCGGCACCAACCUCUUCGGCUGCGCUAAGCAACUCUACCUUCUCAAAAAGAAGAACCGCACCAUGAAAGUCCUCCUCAGUAUCGGCGGGUGGACCUACUCCUCCAACUUCGCCGCCGCCUCGGCCACCCCGACCACCCGCGCCCUCUUCGCCGCCACCUCUGUCGAGCUAGUCAAAGACCUCGGUCUCGACGGCCUCGACAUCGACUGGGAGUACCCCGCCAACCCCACCGAGGCCCAGAACUACGUCCUGCUCCUCAAGGCCAUCAGAGACGCCCUCGACGCGUAUGCGAAUGAUAACGCAAAGGGGUAUAAAUUCCAACUUACCAUCGCCGCCCCCGCGGGUCCGGAUAAAUACAAGAUUCUCAAGAUGAAGGAUAUGGACGCCUACCUCGACGCUUGGCACAUCAUGGCCUAUGACUUUGCGGGGUCGUGGAGCACGGUCGCGGGACAUGACGCGAAUCUCUACCCCAGCGAGGCGCUCCCGGAGAGCACGCCGUACUCGAUUGAUAAGGCGGUCACGGACUACAUCGCUGCUGGCGUGGCGGCGGCUAAACUCAUCAUCGGCGUCCCCCUCUACGGCCGCUCCUUCGCAGCUACCGAGGGGAUGGGCAAGAAAUUCAGCGGCGUCGGCGGGGGGAGCUGGGAGAACGGCGUGUGGGAUUACAAAGCCCUUCCCAAAGCCGGGGCGACUGUCAACGUCGACGCUGAGGCUAAGGCGCGGUACUCGUACGACCCUACGACCAAGGAGUUGAUUAGUUUCGAUACGCUUGAGGACGCGAAGACGAAGGCGGAGUAUGCGAAGAGUAAGGGGCUGGGGGGGCGAUGUACUGGGAGACGAGUGCGGAUAGGGUGGGGGAUCAGAGUCUGA